AUGGCAUCUAUACCAGUUAUCGUCAAGCAUCAAGGAAAGCGCUACGAUGUCGAGCUCGACCCGAACUCCAACGGUGAAACGUUCAAAUUUCAGCUAUACUCUCUUACCGGGGUUGAGCCUGAGCGGCAAAAGAUCCUAGUGAAGGGUGGCCAGCUCAAAAAUGAUACCUUACUAUCCUCGAUCAAUGCGAAACCGAAUCAAACGUUCAUGAUGAUGGGUACCCCUUCUGGGGCCCAGGGUACCGGGGAAUUGACACGACCAAAGGAGGCAGUGAAGUUUCUCGAGGAUAUGACGGAAGCAGAGGCUGCAAAGGCAGUAGGAGCCCUGCCGGCCGGGCUGCAGAACCUGGGAAAUACGUGCUACCUGAAUUCCACCUUGCAAACGCUGAGGAGUGUUCCAGAGCUACACGAGGAGCUGCAGAAAUACCGUCCGUCUGGGAACACUGGUGCAUCGAAUCUCUCAAGCCUGAGUGAUCUCGGACUCGGCGGUCUGGGUGCUUCUAUGGACCUCACAUCCUCGCUGAAGGAUCUGUUCAAGCAGAUGGCAGAGACCCAGGAAGGCUUUCCUCCAAUCGUGUUUCUCAAUGCCUUGAGAAACGUGUAUCCUCAGUUUGCUCAACAGGAUCGAAACGGCCAUGGCUUCGCUCAGCAGGAUGCGGAGGAGGCUUGGUCACAGAUCGUGUCGCAGCUGCGGCAAAAGCUGGUGAUUAAGGAUGGCGAGAGUGAGUCUGCAACUGAAGUAUCAUUUGUGGAGAAAUACAUGGGUGGAAAAUUCGAGUCUGUUACUGAGUGUGAUGAACUGGCGGCGAAGGAAGCUGGUGAACAACCUAGCGAAAGCUCCGACGUUUUCUUCAAGCUCGACUGCCACAUCGACAAGGACACAAACCAUCUGCACGAUGGUAUACUUUCAGGGCUCGAAGAGAAGAUUGAGAAGCAUUCUCCUACCUUGGACCGCGAUGCCCUCUACACCAAGCGAUCACGCAUUGCGCGGCUGCCAAAAUACCUCACCGUACACUUUGUUCGAUUCUUCUGGAAGCGCGAUGCGCAAAAGAAGGCAAAGAUUAUGCGCAAGGUGACAUUCCCUGCCGAGCUUGAUGUCGUCGACUUUUGCACCGACGAGCUUAAGAAACAGCUUAUUCCCGUCCGAGACAAAGUACGAGACAUUCGAAAGGAGGAGCUCGACGUUGAGCGUGCGCGAAAACGCCAAAAGAUCGCCCAUGAGAGAGAGGAAGACGCCCAGAAGGAAGGUGCUUCUAGCUUGGAGCCGAUGCAGAAGAAAAAGGCAACUGAAGAGCGCAAGGAGGAGGCAGCGAAGAGCUCUGGGAAGGAUGAGGACACCGCAAUGACCGAUGCUUACAAGACUGAUGCUGAGUACGAGGCAGAAAAGCAAGCGUCUAUCAAGGCCGCCAAGAAGGAACUGGCCGAGCUCCUUGAUUCAAAGUUGGCCGCAGACAACGGUACCAACAAAACCGGACUUUAUGAGCUGAGAGGUGUGAUCACGCAUCAAGGUGCUAGUGCCGACAGCGGCCAUUAUACCUCGUACGUCAAGAAACAGAGCAGCAACAGCAAGGAGGAGCGUGACGACAAGUGGUGGUGGUUCAACGACGACAAGGUAACUGAGGUAGAGGGCUCGAAGAUCGAGACUCUUGCUGGAGGUGGUGAAUCUCAUUCGGCUCUUAUCCUCCUCUACCGUGCUGUCGAUCUGCCAUCUACUGAGUAA